UUGGGUGCGUGUAGGUCUGCCUGCUCUGCCCACCGCCCUCUCUCCCCAGUCUUUCUCUCCGGCGCGUCGCGUAUGUAUGUGCCCCGCCAAAGCGCCGAGUAUCCACGCAGCUGCAGCUGCAGCUGCUGUCCCCGCCGGCCUAGCUAGCUAGCGCUGCCUGCCAAAAGCGCAGCCCGCACGUCUAAAGCCGACGAAAUUCUUCUGCGGCUAAAGCUGCCACUCUCCCCGUCUGCCUCUCUCUCUCUCUCUCUCUCGAGGCGAGCUUGAUAUACUGCCGUUUGCCAUCACAAAACAUAGUACAGACAUCGACCACAGACACGCACGCACAGCUCGCGCGCGUCUGCUCCGGGGCUGAGGAGUGAAGUGAGCCGUCGCCAUGGCGGGAACCUUACGCGCGGCAGUGGCCGCCUCGCAGCCGCCGCCGCCGCCGUCCCCGCUCCCGCCGUCCAGGGGCGCAACGGCGAGCGGCGGCAUCCCUUGGCUGCUCAGGAAGCGCGCUAGCAAGGCGCGCCACGACCCGCCGCUCGGCGGGCAAGAACCUGAUGCCCACGAUGAGGUGGAAGUGGAACUGGACGACGAGGGAGCCACCUUCGUGGUCUCCACUCCCUGCGCUGCGGACGCUGCUGGGGCGGGAGGAGGAACCCCUGAGCGGUCAGGGAAGCGCCGCGAGGCGCUCGCCCGGCUCCGAUCCGCGGUGCUGGCCGUGGUGGCGCGCGCGCGGCGCCGGCGCGGGCGCAGGCCGAUGGGGUCGAGCGUCACCGGCACCAUCUUCGGCCGGCGCCGGGGCCGCGUGCACCUGGCUCUGCAGACGGACCCGCGCGCGCCGCCGGCGCUCAUGGUGGAGCUGGCCGCGUACUCCACCGGCGCGCUCGUCAGGGAGAUGUCCUCCGGCCUCGUUCGCAUCGCCCUCGAGUGCGAGAAGACGGCUGCACACACGGGCGGCGAGAGGCGGCGGACGGCGCUGGUGGAGGAGCCGACGUGGCGAGCGUACUGCAACGGGCGCAAGUGCGGCUACGCCGUACGGAGGGAGUGCGGCGCGGAGGAGUGGCGGCUGCUCCGGGCCGUGGAGCCCGUCUCCGUUGGCGCUGGCGUCGUCCCGGACGGCGGCGCCGGCGAGGGGGACCUGAUGUACAUGAGGGCCAGGUUCGAGAGGGUGGUGGGAUCCAGGGACUCCGAAGCGUUCUACAUGAUAAACCCCGACGGCAACGGUGGGCCUGAGCUCAGCAUCUACCUCCUCAGAGUCUGACAUUAUAUGUUUUUCAUUCCAUGUGUUAACCCUAAAAAAAAGGUUAUGCGCGUCUUCUUUUAUUUUUAUUUUCGGAGUAAUAAGUUAAACAUGCAUGUUUGGUUCUUGGUUACUGGAAACUGGCGGUUUGUUGAUGCCA